AUGUACACGCCCCUCCCCCAGAGUAGCUCCCCAUUCCCGGCCUCUGUGCAGAACCCGGGCCUGCACAUUUGGCGGGUGGAGAAGCUGAAGCCAGUGUCCGUGGCACCUGAGAACCAUGGAAUUUUCUUCUCGGGAGACUCCUACCUGGUGCUGCACAAUGGCCCGGAGGAGCUCUCACACCUGCACCUGUGGAUAGGCCAGCAGUCAUCUCGGGAUGAGCAAGGGGCCUGUGCAGUCCUGGCUGUGCACCUCAACACCCUGCUUGGGGAGCGGCCAGUGCAGCACCGUGAGGUGCAGGGCAAUGAGUCCGACCUCUUCAUGAGCUACUUCCCUCGGGGCCUCAAGUACCGGGAAGGUGGCGUGGAGUCCGCGUUUCACAAGACUUCCCCAGGGGCCACUCCAGCUGCCAUCAAGAAACUCUACCAGGUGAAGGGGAAGAAGAACAUCCGGGCCACUGAGCGGGCGUUGAGCUGGGACAGCUUCAACACGGGGGACUGCUUCAUCCUGGACCUGGGCCAGACCAUCCUCGCGUGGUGUGGCAGUAAGUCCAACAUCCUGGAGCGCAACAAGGCACGGGACUUGGCCCUGGCCAUCCGGGACAGUGAGCGGCAGGGCAAGGCCCAGGUGGAGAUUGUCACGGACGGCGAGGAGCCCGCAGAGAUGGUCCAGGUCCUGGGCCCCAAACCCCCUCUGAAGGAGGGCAACCCCGAGGAAGACCUCACUGCUGACCGGACGAAUGCCCAGUCUGCAGCCCUGUAUAAGGUCUCUGAUGCCACUGGACAGAUGAACCUGACCAAGGUGGCCGACUCGAGCCCAUUUCCGCUGGAGCUGCUCAUACCUGACGACUGCUUCGUGCUGGACAACGGACUCUGUGGCAAGAUCUACAUCUGGAAGGGGAGAAAAGCCAACGAGAAGGAGCGACAGGCAGCCCUGCAGGUGGCAGAGGGCUUCAUCUCCCGCAUGAAGUACGCCCCAAACACUCAGGUGGAGAUUCUGCCCCAGGGCCGCGAGAGCCCCAUCUUCAAGCAGUUCUUCAAGGACUGGAAAUGA